GAGGUGCAGAACCACCUCAGCCACCGCCCACCACCACCACCACCAGAUCAGCCCCCCGAGGAAGCCCAGACGGCAGUCGGUCGAGCUCCAGGACGGUAGCAGGAUGGGCCUCCUACUGCUGCUCGCCUCCACCACGCUGCUGCUGGCCAGCUACUUGCAUCCAGGCAGCGUGACGAACGCACAGCAAGUGUUCACCAUCAAAGACGUCAGCUUGUCCAUCGAGCCGAGCGCUGACGUGAGCCGGGGCACCAACGUGACCGUGAGGUGCCGGGCAUCGGUCAGCAGCUCGGGCCAGGAGGCGCUGAGUCGCGAGUACACCGUCUACAAGGACGGCAGCGAGGUGUACACCAAGACCACCAGCUCCUCGGACGACUUCCUGUACCUGCUGCCCGACGCCAGAGUGUCCAACAGCGGCAAGUACAAGUGCAAGAUAAACAUCGAGGGCAGACAGCGGACCAGCAACGCCGAGAAACUGGCCGUGGAAGGCCUGUCGAAGCCGGUUCUCCACCUCAACAAGGGCGUGGUCACUGAAGGGGAGGAGCUAACGGCCAGGUGCACGGCGCCGGGCGAGACCGGCUCCAUUUUCUUCUACUUCUACGACAAAGGCGAAGAGAUCCAGGACAAGCAGGUGAACUCCAACCAGGCGGAGGCCGUGCUUCACUUCCGCAGCGUCGGCAUCCACAGGAUCCACUGCACCUACACAGUCUUCGUCCGGCCCGACUCCUACAAGUCCGAGGAAAGCAGCUCCGCCGCCGUUUCAGUCAAAGAGCUCAACAUCACACCGGUGUUGGAGAUUUCCCCGCAGCACCAGAUCUUCGAGGGAGACCAUCUGAACAUCUUCUGCUCCGUCAGAGUCGCUCAGCGCAGCACCGACAGCAUGCUGCUGUACCUGAGCGAAGGCACGUCGCUCCUCAGCAGCGGCAGCAACAAGGUCAACCACAGCAUGGUGGCUCUGGCCAAGGCUCCGGGGCUCAUGUUCGAGUGCAGGAUGGAGAUGGGAAACGUGGUGAAGAUCGCCAACAGGACGGUACCAGUGACCGAGCUGUUUUCUGCACCAACCCUCACCAUGUCGCCCGCCGAAGUCUUCCAACGGGAACCCAUGAAGCUGACCUGCAACAGUGAGCGCUUUGCCUCCGAACGAAUCCAGAGGAACGAGCUGACGUACACUCUUCAUCCCCUUGAGAACCCCAUGGACACCGGAGUGUUCUCCGUCAAGGCGCCGCUGCGCGACUUCAACUACACCUGUGCAGCUCGGGCCAAAGGCAUCGAGAAGCACAGCGAGACGCUGACCGUUCGGCCGAGAGUUCCCGUCUCCAUUCCGAAGAUCUCGGUUUACGGCAAAGCGAUCCUCGGGAAGCCCAUCCAGAUCCUCUGCCAGUCGGACAGCGGCAGCCUGCCCAUAAACUACACCCUGUUCAGGGAAUACAUGCCGGAAAACACGACCAGCGUCCGGCUGCCCAUCCAGGAAGCUCUCUUCACGGUCAGCAUCAGCAGACCCGAGGAGAUAAAGAAGUUCAUGUGUGAGGCGAGCAACGGUCGCCGUCAGCCGCUGCUCGGCCCGAGACUCAACGCAACCGUCAUCGUGCCUUUGAGCCACGCGAGGCUGUCCGCCGUCCCCAACCUACAGGAAAUCUUAGAGGACGGUCAUCUCAACCUCAUAUGCAGAGUUGAAGGCACGCCGCCGGUCACCUUCAAGUGGUACCGCGUCGGCGACAGCAAGCCGCUGAACACCACCACCACCGACGAGCUUCACAAGGACUACAUGGUCCCCAUAGUGACCAAGGAGCACAGCGGCAGAUACUACUGCGAGGCUUUCAACCACGCCAGGAACCUCGUCAGAAGCAACGAGGUCAACGUAGAAGUUCGCAUGGCGGUGUGGAAGAAGGCGCUGAUCGGCGGCAUCUGCCUGCUGAUCGUGUCGGUGCUGGCGGUGGCUGUUGUGCUGUACUUCAAAUCCAAGCGAGGUAAAAGAGAAGCAGCUGCUGAAUUGUCAGUAAAGCCUUCGAGCCCUAAAUCAGAUGACUCUUUAACAGUGAGUCUAACCCACGACACAGAGGUUUAUAACGCAGCCACAGACGGAGCGUCGUUGUAUGAUGGCAAGGAGGGGAGAGCGACCAAUGGGACGCGAGAUAGCGUGGCGUCGCUACCUGCUGACAUCAGCAACAGGAGCAGCUACAGUAUCCCAGCCACAGUGUAGAGAUGCCCCACAGUGGGAGGAACAAUCUUUGCUUACUUUCAAGUGGAAAAACAAAAAAAAAAGAACCUUCUGAGAAAAGACUUUUGGAGAAUCCUGUUCGCGAUGCUUCUUAUCCGCAGACGCUUUCUGAGUAAAAACAAGAGGAGGGCUGUUGUAAACCAGGACCCGCUGCUCCCUCUCCCCUCCUCCUGCUAUCUAGAUGGGCUUUGAUUUCAUGCUUGUGUGUGAUUGCAUGCCCCCCUGAUGUCGCUGUAUUUGUCCGGUGUCUGAUUGAUUUGUAUAUACAUGCCAUUACGAUCGCAGGAAAUGUGUGUAUAUAUUUGUGGUUGAUCGCUCGACUGAUUGGAAGAGGGGCUUGUAGAAUAAAGACGCUGGUGUUGUUUA